AUGAGUCAUCGUCCGCUUCACAAUAGGAUCACUACUUGUAUUCUUCCUCAGAAGAUUCCUACGACUACUAGCUCCCUGAUCAAGCAACAAAGAACAAUAUCCUCGAAAAAUGGUUAUGUAUGGCGAUCGAGCGAAAAACCAUGGGGACAAGGCUAUCGCAGUAUUGGCAUCCGUCGCGAAGACAAAAGUCGCUGGGAACGCCGAGCUCCAUUGACCCCAGAUGCCGUGAAUGCCUUGGUCCAAGAAACGGGUGCUCGCGUGUACAUCCAACCAAGCACCAAGCGAAUCUUUCCAGACUCGGCAUAUACAAAGGCAGGUGCCAUCGUCUCAGAGGACUUGUCGGCUGCAGAUAUCAUUCUUGGUAUCAAAGAAGUGCCUCCAUCCAAAUUGAUGCCGGACAAAACGUAUGUCUUCUUCUCACAUACGCACAAGGGUGCUCCAAAGAAUAUGCCGAUGCUUAAAGAUAUUCUAGACAAAAGAAUUCGCCUUAUCGAUUAUGAGUUGAUGAAGGAUCCCGCUACUCAUACGCGCUUGGUGGCGUUUGGCAAAUUCGCAGGAAAUUCCGGUAUGGUUGAUGGGCUGCACGGCAUGGCUCACCGGUUCCUAGGACUUGGUUAUAACACGCCGUUCAUGUACCUCUCCAUGGCCCACACGUAUCGAGGUCUCCCAUCAGCGAAGCUGGCUACACGUAACAUGGGUAACAUUAUCGAGAACGAAGGAACGCCUAAAGACUUUGGCCCGUUAGUUUUCGCAUUCACAGGCUCAGGAAACGUGACCCAGGGCGCGUUGGAAAUCUUCAAAGAGCUACCCCAUGAAUUUGUACCUGCAGCAGAUUUGGCAAAGCUAGUCAACGAUAAGAAUCCAAGAUUAAACAAGGUUUAUGGCACACACCUUAAAGUCGGGGACUAUACACAACGAAAAAGAGAUGGGGUUUUCUCGUAUCAAGAGUAUCUAGAGCACCCGGAACGAUACCAUUCGGCCUUUGCUGAUAAUAUUGCUCCUUAUGUAAACUCGGUCAUCACCGGUGCUUACUGGGAUGAGCGAUAUCCACGAAUGAUGACUAAUGCACAGCUUCGAGAACUCCAGCUGAGGCAAAAGCAAGGUCUUGUCAACAAAGGACGCAUGAUGAGUUUGAUCGAUAUCGUUUGUGACACAAGGGGAGCAUUUGAAUGCUUAUCGCACUCGACCAAUAUUGAAGAUGGCUUUUACUACUAUGAUGCCAUCAAUGGCGCUGAGCAUAAAGAUGUGGAAAAGGACGGAAUACAAAUUAUGGGGAUUGAUAUUCUACCUGCGGAAUUGGCCAGCGAUAGUAGCAAGCACUUCAGUAGCGUCUUGUAUCCUCAUAUCAAGGACUUGAUUCAUCCAAAAGCAGAGUCUCUGAUAAACUUGCCACCCAUGCUCGCACACGCUACCAUUGCUGAUAACGGGCAACUCGUCGGAGCCCAUUCAUCCCUCGAAUCCUUGCUCCCACAGACAAAUUCAGGUCAUGGAGGCAGCAGUAGCAAGCGCACUGUGCUGCUGCUAGGCUCAGGAAUGGUCGCUGGUCCACUUGUGCAGCGUCUAACUCAGCGAUCGGACGUACGAGUUGUUGUCGCAAGUAAUGCAACCUCUGAAGCACAAGCACUAGUUGCAAAUUGCAGCAAUCCGAAUCAAGCAGAAUCUGUUCCGUUGGACAUUGCAGAUAAGCCUGGCCUUGCCCGACUUGUUUCUAAUGCUGAUGUUGUCGUGAGUUUGGUGCCUGCAUUCUUGCAUGCUCAAGUCGCACAAGUAUGCAUUGAUCAAGGAAAGCAUAUGGUCACUGCAAGCUAUGUCUCCGAGGAAAUGGAAAGAUUGGAUGGGGCUGCUAAAAAAGCGGGCGUAUUGAUUAUGAAUGAAGUUGGUUUGGAUCCAGGAAUUGACCACAUGUCAGCGAUGAAGAUAAUCGACGAGGCCAAAUCGAGUGGGAAAAAGGUCCGAUCUUUUAUUUCAUGGUGCGGCGGACUGCCGGCUCCGGAGGCGUCAAAUGUACCGUUGGGAUACAAGUUUAGCUGGUCGCCCAGAGGUGUGCUGACAGCAAGUGGUAACGAUGCUACGUAUUGGUCAGGUGGAAAGAAACGCACUGUCUCAGGAGAUGUUCUACUAAAGCAUCAUUUCCCCACGAUCCGCACACCGUUCCAAGGCUUUGUAUUCGAAGGUUUAGCCAAUCGAGAUUCGCUCAAGUAUACAGACAUUUAUUGUCUUGGUAAUCUGAGUGAAAUGGAUACCAUGUUCCGCGGUACACUUCGAUACCAGGGCUACUCUGAUUUGCUAUAUGGACUAAGAAAGCUGGGUUUUUUAAAUCUCGCUGAUACAUUGCCAGAUAGCUUUGCAAACUGGCAUCAAUAUGUCAAUCAUGUAAUUACCGGAAGUAUUUCUGGUGAAUGGAAGACUGCCAUUCAUGCAAAGCUUGAAAGCGAGACAAUGGUGCCUCAAGUAGCCGACGCAUUGCAGUAUCUUUUGGGGGCUGGCGAAGAACGUGGCGUUCCACCCCGCCAAUUGCCCAGUGCAUUAGACGCUUUUUCGACGUUACUUGCUGGUCGUUUGCGUUAUUUGCCUGGAGAGCGAGACAUGGUUGCCAUGCAUCAUGAGUUCGGUAUUGAAGACCAGCGUACAGGCAAAAAGGAAAAAGCAACAUCAACUUUGAUCCAUUAUGGCAGUAGCGGUAGUGACGGUGACACAGCCAUGGCAACCACGGUUGGUUUACCUGCUGCAAUGGCUACAGAGCUUGUUCUAGACAACAAGAUUCAGCAAAGGGGCAUUCUGCGGCCUACUACACCAGAUGUCUAUCUGCCAAUUCUUGAGCAGCUGCAUGAUCAAGGCAUUAAGUUUGUCGAACGCAGUCAAGAAGUACUUCAACUAGAAGGAUCACAAAAACGUGCAUUGAUUCCCACAGGAAGCGGUGUUUGGGACGCAUAG